AGAAGAGCACUGAGCCUGUAAAAUGUCUUGUAAUGUUUUGGAAAUGAAUAGUUCUAGCCUACGCUUCGUUUUUUUUGUGUUGAAUGGAAAUCACUGUCAUAAAUUUUAAUGUUUCCUGUUGCUUUUAUCCACUGCUUUACUGAAGUGCAUUCUAGAUCGAGAUCGAGAUAGCCCUUCCUUCUGUUGGGAGAACCGAGAGAUGAAACACUGAUUUACUGAGACAUCAAUAUAUUGUGGCAAUGUGAUGAGGCAGAGCCCCGUCCAUACAGAUAAGCGGUAAUGGGCAACUAUAAGUCCCGGCCCCCCAUCUCCUGUACUGAUGAGCUCAAGAAGAAGAUCAGUGAGAGUUAUGCCCUGUUCAGGUCGAAGGUCAUUGAGGAGCUGCGCCCUAAAGAAAGUGACUGGAAUGAAGUGCAGCAAGCUGCAGCAAACACGGCAGACCUGUGUCAGUUGGAACAGUUGCUGACAGAAGCAGACUGUCAUGAGAAGACGGAAACAGGCCUUACAUUGCUGCAUAUUGCUUGCAUUGCUGGAGCCCCCUGUAGUCAGCUUGAAAGACUGCUGAAGAAAGGAGCCAGUGUGAACAUUCUCAGCAAGAACCAGUUCUCUCCCCUCCAGCUGUCUGUGUACCGGGGCGAUUCAGAGCAAGUAGAAGUGCUGGUCACUUAUGGAGCUGAUGUGAAUCAGGCUGGGCACAGUGGAGUUGGCUCCCUACACAUUGCUGCAAUGUGCGGCCACCAUGAGAUUGCCAAGAUUCUACUAGACAGUGGUGCUAAGAUUGACAUGGGGGAUCUUGUCAAGUUUUCCUCUCUGCACAUUGCCUGCCAUUUUGGCCAUGAAAAGGUUGUGGAGCUUCUCCUCAGCAAUGGCUCCGACAUCAACAUCAGUGGCAGCGUCGGUGACAGACCCAUCCAUCUCGCCAGCUCGAAAGCAAACCUGAGAAUCAUGCAGCUUUUGGUGGAAGGAACUUCGCAACAAAAGGCUGAUGUGAAUGUGAAAGAUAAUGAAGGACACACCCCUCUCCACUUCUGCUGCAAGUCUGGUCACCUGGUCACCCUGCACUACCUCCUGGACCACCAGGCUGUGCCCCACGAGGCCAACAUCUACGGAGACACGCCCCUCCACCUAGCUUGCUACAACGGCAAGCUGGAGAUUGCCAAACAGCUGGUGGCUCAGACAGGACAAGAGAGUCUGAUCAUGGAGAACAUUUUUAGUGAAACACCACUGCACAGUGCUUGCACGUACGGCAAAAGCCUGGAGCUGGUCAAAUUCCUGCUGGAGCAGCAAAGCGUGGACAUUAACUACCAGGGCAAGGACGGCCACACAGCCCUGCACAGUGCCUGCUACCACGGCCACCUGAGGUGUGUACAGUUCCUCCUGGAGAACCGCGGGGACAUGAACCUCGUGGCGGCUGCCAGCGAUCAGAGCGGGGACAGCGAGAAGAGAGAGGAGCAGACGGCGCUCAUGUGGGCCUUUGAGCGAGGCCACGACUCCAUCGUGACGUUGCUCAAACACUACAAGCGACCCAGUGAGGAAGGCUGUGGGGACUACUCCCAGCCUGGCAGUCUCGAUGGUUCCUACGUGGCGGUGCCCUCCCCUCUCGGCAAACUGCGCAGCAUGACAAAAGAAAAGAUUGAUGUCCUUCAGUUGCGGGCCACUCUGUCCCACCAGUUCCACCUGCAGAUCACAGACUUGGAGUUCCAGGAAACCAUCGGUUCUGGCUCCUUCGGCAAAGUCUACAAGGGCAAGGUCAAAGGUCGGACUGUGGCCAUCAAAAGGUAUCGAGCUAGUUCUUUUGGUGCUAAAUCUGAUGUGGAUAUGUUCUGUCGAGAGGUGGCCAUACUAGCCAAGCUGAACAGCCCUUAUGUGAUCAACUUUGUGGGAGCCUGUCUGGACGACCCCAGCCAAUUUGCAAUUGUAACCCACUACGUGGCUGGUGGAUCCCUCUUUAGCCUGUUGCAUGAGCAGAACAGGCUGAUUGACAUCCAUUCUAAGCUGACCAUUGCUCUGGAUGUGGCCAAAGGUAUGGAAUACCUGCACAACAUGCCACUGCCCAUCAUCCACCGAGAUCUCAACAGUCACAACAUUCUGCUCGAGGAGACUGGCCACGCUAUCGUUGCCGACUUUGGAGAGUCGCGGUUUUUGAGAUCUACAGAUGAGGACAAUAUGACAAAACAGCCAGGGAACCUGCGCUGGAUGGCCCCCGAGAUCUUCACCCAGUGUACCAAGUACAGCGUUAAGGCGGACAUGUUCAGUUUCUCACUGGUCCUCUGGGAACUACUGGCUGGCGAGCUGCCCUUUUCACACCUCAAGCCAGCUGCCGCGGCUGCCGAGACAGCCUACCACAACACCAGACCCCCUAUCGCUAUCACGUUCCCCAAGCCACUGGUUGCAUUGCUGCAUAUAGGAUGGCAUGCUAACCCAGACGAGAGGCCAGAGUUCCGGGAGAUUAUCCCCAUCAUCGAUGAGUGCAAGCAGUCGCAGGCCGUGGCCAUGCUGAGCAACGUGGAGCCCUCGAGCAACCCCUCACUGCCCCUCUCCCUGCCCAUGGUCACCAAUCAGGACUCGGACGGGGAGGGGAGAGACACGCCCCCGAUGGCUGGUCAUGUGUCUGCUAUGAGGAACCACUGGGAGAUGGAAGCUUCCAGGAACAGUGUAUCUGGGUCAAGUGAAGACAAGAAAAGAUAUCCAUUUCCCCAACUAGACAAGAAUGGCUACGUGUCUGACCCCAUGUCCACUCUACGCAUCUCCAUGCCUCUGCCUCUGCCACCACAAGCUGCCUCCUCCGACAGCCCGCCCCUCUCUCCACCCCGACAGCAGGCAGAACCUGACAGUUGACAGCAAGAACACAACUACACCCCAGACAAGAAUCCAGGUCUUCCUAGUGUUUGAUUUUAUGGAUGCCAUAAUUUAUCAUUUAAAACCUCUGCUGUGUGCUUUGAGUGCCAGGUAGCACUGCUGUCUGCACAUAGUCCUGCUGUUUGUGGAUAGAUUAUUGUCAGUAUCUUUUAACAAUCGCCCAAAUAAGUUUCUGUAACAUUCUCCUCGCGCACAAGUUGGGGAGGGGUUUUUUCAGUUCUAUUCCAUGCACAUGCUGAGUUACCAGCUUGAAGGGAAUUGAAUGAGGAAACCAAAUGCAAAUGCGAAUUAGUUGAGGAAUAGACUGUUUUUGCAUAGAGAGAGGCUAAAGAUGGAACAAAACAUGAUGAAAAACAGGACUCGUAAUGCAGAUAGCAUACAUGCUACAUUUGGGGGGG